AUGGUUGUGCUUGCUUCCAGCAACAGUGCUUGGGGCAGCAGUUCCUGGAACAGCGUUGGUGCCACCUGCCCUUGGGGCAGUGCCUGGGGCAGCAGUCCCAGCGGUGUGACGGACGCCUUCACCCUGGCGGAGAUGAAGGCCGCGCGCAAGCGAGGCGGAGAGCCCGCGCCUGCCUCGGAAGCUCCAGCUCCGGUGCCGGGGGCCGUCGACGAGCCGGGCACGGCUCGCACAGAGGUGAGCGCCCGGUCCGCGGUCUCGCGUGUGUCAAAAGCCUCGGGCAAAACCCAGGAUUUGGAAGCCAAGAUGAUGAACUUAAUCACGAAGUGCGUGGAGAAGAAGGUGGAGGAGUUGACGGAAACCAUGAAGACCCCUGUGUCGUCGCCGGCGUCGCCAGAGCGGCUCAGAGAGCUGAGGACUUCGCGCUCCGCAGAGAGCGUGCGGUCCGCGCGAUCUGCCGCGAGCUCGGUGGUUCCGUCCGAGGCGCCGUCUUGCGCGGAGCUAAAAGCGAACCUUCGAGCUGUGGAGGAGCCAAAGGCCGUGACCAUGGUGGGCAAGAAGAAGCAAGCGGAGAAGCUUUCGGAUGCCUCGCUGGGCAAGUUUGAUGCCGAGGAGUCGCGGCGGGCCUUCCUGGAGAUGCAGACCAGCGCGGCCGCGGCCCGCAACAAGAACCGGUCCGCCUUGACCUUCGACGACGAGCCCGAGAAGAAGCCAGAGAAGGAGCGGAAGCCAGAGAAGAAAGGAUACCCAGCGCUGCUCAAGCAGGUGAACAGCCUGGCUGAGGCGCCUGAGCCUCUGAGCAUGUAUGGCAAGCAGAAGCGGAAGGAGAAGCUUUCUGAGGCCACGCUGGGGAAGUUCGACGGGGACAAGUCCAAGGCCGCCUACGAGGACAUGCAGAGGACCGCCGAGCUGAUGCGGAACAAGAACCGUAUGGGGCAGGGCAUCUUCUGA